AGCCCGUCGGCGGCCCGUCUGCCAAAACUUGCAGCUGUCAAAGACUCGUCACCAGUCCUCUCCGGACGUUCCGCGGGCUUCACGUCUCUCCACGCCGGCUUGGUGAUGCUGUGUACCACGCACUAUUUACCGUCUGGCAUGCCUCAACACGCACGCCGCCCUGAACCCUCAGCACCCGCCUCCAGAACAUGGCCAACACCCGCUCGCAUGCGCCCUCGAGCCAUGCCCGACUGCACAAACGCGGCAACUCCGCCUCGUCCAUGACAAGUCCGCUCAGCCCGGUCGCCGACCAAGGUGCCUUCACAUUUAACCGCUCCGAGACCCCAAAAGUCACCUACGAAGAGCCCUGGACCGAGCCAGCACGACCCAUGCCCGCCGCAACUUCCUCGCACCAGCUCAAGAUCAAGCCCUAUCUGCGCAAGCUGUCGUACAAAGACAGCAACGCCCUCGACCUUUCCCGCCCUGCGGCCGAGAACGAGGGCCUCGCGGGACUGGGCAUUUCCGAGUAUGGCGGCACCUCGCGAACAGUCUCCGACGUCAGCUUUGCGCCGGUGAAUGGGCGCAACCGACACAAUCGCUCCACCUCCGCUACGUCACAGUUCUCUACGUCGUCGAGCCUGCAGCGCCCGACCGCGCCCUACAUGCCCUCGAUCCGCCAGACCCCGCGCCCGUACACACCGCCUAUAUCCAAGUCUACACCCUCCUCUGUCCUCGGCUCUGAGAACGAGGUAGACGACAUCAUGACGGACGAGGAGUUCCGCCUGAGGCAGGCCGCUUUCGACCCCGCGCGGCGGUCUGGCUCGCUCUCUUCCACACCUGGCGUCGCAUCUCCCCCGCUCCGCAUUCAUACGACUGGUUCCUGCACCCGUCUCGGAGGGAGCUAUUCUCAGUCCUCCAUCUCGCUAACCUCACCCGUCGCUCAAUCACGCUCGAGAGGCGACACUCUCAAGUCCAUGGACACCACUGCCUCACCCAGCUCACGAACCUCAUUCGACAAGGCCUUUGGCUUCAUCCGCGGCGGACGGGAUUCGCCCGUGGACGCCGCCUCUCGCGCUGCCUCUAUCCACGCUGCGCGACAGGCUUUCCUAGAGAAGGAAGAGGCCAAGGAACGCAAGUACGACCGAGAGGCCCACAAGCAAGCGGAGCGAGAUUAUCGGAAGCAGCACAAGAAAGACGAGCGCGAGCGGCGCAAGUCUGAGUCCGAAGAGAGGAAGCGGGCUCGUAGCAUAUCCGACUCCAACGAGAAGACGCCGCGACCGUCUGUGGGCGGACGUCAGUAUUCAGACCAUCGACCACCGCAUUCGAGCAGCCUCCCCAACCACGUGACUACUGUCAGCUACGAGAAGCACAGCGGCGCCAUGCCCAAGGUCACCAAGAGCAGGGAGGCGAAAGGAAGGUGGCUGAGAUUCGUGACCUGGUUCAAAACGAGGUUGCUGCGCAUGUCCCGGAGGUUGCAUAUUGCGUCGUGAGUGGUUGGUGGCUAUUAUUGUUUGCCACGCGCCGCCUGCAGCAAACCAACGCUCAUCAGCCUCAAUAUUCGACGCAUCCUGUCGAUCCAAGAGCUGACAUGCAUGCAUCAUCGAU